UUGUGGUUUGUGGUUUGAAUUAGGCAAUGCAGAAUCAGGAAGGGCUUCAAGUACAAGUGGAUGGGGAAGUGGAAUCUGGGCCGGCCCCCUCGGUUGCUACACCUGAGGUUGAUGAGUGGCCAAGCUUUGGUGACCAGGAUAUCAUGCAGCAGCACUCUGCCAUUCGUGCCGAGGAGGCUGAGAAAAUUCCCUUCCUCGGGGACAAGGAGCCACUAUCGUCGCUGGCAGCUGAGUAUCAAUCAGGCAGCGCUAUCUUGUUGGAGAAGAUAAAGGUUUUUACGGUCAUGCAGGUUCUUGGUGAACAAUAUGCUGCUAUUCGGAGAACCCGGGGAGAUGGGAACUGCUUCUUUCGAAGCUUUAUGUUUUCAUACCUGGAGCAUAUUUUGGAAUCACAAGAUGUAAGUGAAGUCGAUCGUAUCAAGGGUAAUGUUGAACAAUGUAGAAAAACCCUUCAGAGCUUGGGUUACGCAGACUUUACUUUUGAGGACUUCUUUUCGUUAUUCCUUGAGCAGCUGGAUAGUGUUCUUCAAGGAAGUGAAGAAUCCAUAAGUCAUGAUGAGCUCAUACUAAGGAGCCGUGAUCAGUCAGUAUCCGACUAUGUUGUGAUGUUUUUCAGAUUUGUUACCUCCGGUGAAAUAAGGAAGCGCUCAGAGUUUUUUGAACCCUUUAUAUUGGGAUUAACCAAUGCAACCGUAGAGCAGUUUUGCAAGUCAUCUGUGGAACCAAUGGGUGAAGAAAGUGACCACGUGCACAUCACUGCCCUGUCAGAUGCACUGGGCGUGCCAAUCCGUGUUGUGUAUCUUGACCGUAGCUCAUGUGAUUCUGGUGGUGUUAGCGUGAAUCAUCACGAUUUCGUUCCUACUGGCAAUGAUCUGCCAAAUGCUAGUGGUAGCUCUGAGAAAGUUAGUCCUUUUAUCACCUUGCUAUAUCGCCCAGGUCACUAUGAUAUUCUCUACCCGAAGUGAUGCUCUCACCUUGUUCCUGCAAUUGUGAAUGUCUGGGAUUGGUGAUCAAGAUGAUGAAGGCCAAAGCUCUCUUUCAUUUGGAGGGUGCAACUCUGUUCCAACUGUUAAAAGUAUUUGUAAUCUGUUGAGUGUGGCCAUAGCACAACAUUGCCUGAAAAGAAAAAAGAAAAAAGAACAGAACAGUUUGAACUAUCAAUUCAGGAAAUGCUUCCAAGUGUAAAUGAGCAGGUCACCGUCCAUAAGAGGUUGCAAUUUAAAAUGAACUAUUUCUUCUGUAAUUGUAAUGCUUGAAUGUUUGACUUUAUGUCCUCAUCUUUGCAAGGGAAUUCAAUGCCUUAGAUUUGGUAC